UUGCGCAGGUUUUCUCUUCUGCGGGCUCAUUUCUGAAGUCCUUUUUGUGAGCCACAUACGGGGGUUUCGAGGCUGCAGGCCUAAAUGACCUUUACGAUUUCACGAAACGCACUUGCCGACACUCCCUUACAUUCUGCUGAGAGUCAUCAAUUAUGCAGGGAAACUGCUCGCUCUGAGGGGGAAGAUAGCAGCAACAAUAUGGCGACAACCGCAGUUUCUCCCCAAUCUUUUCCACAUCUGCAGUCCUGCUACGGCUUCCUGGAUUCCCUGUAACGCUUAUAAAAGCUAGCUACUGUGGAUGGUACAAACCUAAAGACCAAGUAGCUGCAGGAUGAAAACAUGGCUGCACCCCUUCUUGCACCGCCAGGACCUGAUAGCUUCAAGAAGUUUACUGUGGAAUCUUUGGCGGCCCUUGAGCAGCGCAUCAAUGAGGAGAAGAACAAGAAGCCACCCAAGCAGGACAGCAGCUAUCGUGAUGAUGAUGACGAGAACAAGCCCAAGCCCAACAGCGACCUGGAGGCUGGGAAGAGCCUGCCCUACAUCUAUGGGGACAUCCCUAAAGGAAUGGUGGCGGUACCACUGGAGGAUCUGGACCCAUUCUACGUAAAUUCUCAGAAAACAUUUAUAGUGCUAAAUAAAGGGAAGACAAUCUUCCGUUUUAGUGCCACACCUGCCUUGUACUUCAUAAGUCCUUUUAAUCCGGUUAGGCGAGUAGCUAUUAAAAUUUUGAUACAUUCUCUUUUCAGCAUGAUCAUUAUGUGUACUAUUUUGACCAACUGUAUAUUCAUGACCUUUAGUGAUCCUCCCGAGUGGUCAAAACAAGUAGAGUACACAUUCACAGGAAUUUAUACAUUUGAGUCUCUUGUAAAAAUCACAGCGCGAGGAUUCUGUAUAGACGGGUUUACAUUCCUUAGAGAUCCAUGGAACUGGCUGGAUUUCAUGGUCAUUUCGAUGGCGUAUAUAACAGAGUUUGUAAACCUAGGCAAUGUCUCAGCUCUGCGCACGUUCAGGGUGUUGAGGGCAUUGAAAACUAUUUCUGUAAUUCCAGGCCUGAAGACCAUUGUGGGCGCCCUGAUCCAGUCUGUGAAGAAGCUGUCAGAUGUGAUGAUCCUGACCGUAUUCUGCCUGAGCGUCUUCGCCCUCAUCGGUCUCCAGCUCUUCAUGGGUAACCUACGCCAUAAGUGUGUGAUCUGGCCAAUCAACAGCACCGAGAACUACCUGGCCAAUGGCAGCAAGGGCUUCGACUGGAAUGAGUACAUCAUGAACGAUACCAAUUUCUACUUCCUGCCUGGUCAAUCGGAUGCUCUUCUCUGUGGAAACAGCUCUGACUCUGGCCGCUGCCCGGAGGGUUACACAUGCAUGAAAGCUGGGAGGAAUCCAAACUACGGCUACACCAGCUUUGACAGCUUCGGCUGGGCCUUCCUGGCUCUCUUUCGACUCAUGACACAGGACUUCUGGGAGAAUCUUUACAUGCUGACCCUGAGAGCGGCAGGGAAGACCUACAUGAUCUUCUUUGUGUUGGUGAUCUUUGUGGGAUCGUUCUACUUGGUGAAUCUGAUUCUGGCUGUGGUGGCCAUGGCCUAUGAGGAGCAGAACCAGGCCACCAUGGAGGAGGCCCAGCAGAAGGAGGAGGAGUUCAAGGCCAUGCUGGAGCAGCUCAAGAAACAACAAGAAGAAGCCCAGACUGCUGCCAUGGCAACCUCUGCGGGCACAGUUUCAGAAGAUGCGGUGGAAGACGAUGGAGGAGGGCGACUGUCAUGCAGUUCCUCUGAGAUGUCAAAGCUCAGCUCCAAGAGUGCCAAAGAGCGCCGCAACCGGAAGAAGAAGUGGCGGCAGAAAGAACAGGAGAAGGAGAAAGGCGACAGCGAGAAGUUUGUCAAAUCAGAGUCUGACGAUGGGAGCAAGAGGAGUCGCUUUCGUUUCCCUGAUAAUCGCCUGGGUCGAAAAUCUUCCAUUAUGAACCAGUCCCUCCUCAGUAUACCCGGCUCACCUUUCCUGUCCCGCCACAACAGCAAGAGCAGCAUCUUCAGUUUCAAGGGCCGUGGUAAGGAUGUGGGCUCAGAGAAUGAAUUUGCAGACGAUGAACACAGCACGGUCGAGGAGUGCGAGGAGCGUCGGGGCUCCCUGUUCAGCCCGUACAGGCGGAGCAGCUACAGCGGUUUCCACGGGAAGAGGAACAGCACGGUGGACUGCAAUGGAGUGGUGUCGCUCAUCGGCCCAGGGCCUGGUGGACGCCUACUGCCUGAGCCAACUACUGAGGUUGAGGUGAAGAAGAAGCUGUCGGGCUCCCUGAUGGUGUCUGUGGACCAGCUCAAUACCUCCUUUGGGCGGAAAGAGCGGGCCAACAGUGUCAUGAGCGUCAUUACCAACACACUAGUGGAGGAACUGGAGGAGUCUCAGCGCAAGUGUCCACCAUGCUGGUAUAAGUUUUCUAAUACAUUCCUGAUCUGGGAGUGCAGCCCUUUGUGGAUCAAGAUCAAGGAGAUUGUGAACUUGAUAGUGAUGGAUCCCUUCGUGGACUUAGCCAUCACCAUCUGUAUUGUUCUCAACACCCUCUUCAUGGCCAUGGAGCACUACCCUAUGACCCCCGACUUUGAGGAGAUGCUGUCUGUAGGCAAUCUGGUGUUUACAGGGAUCUUUGCAGGGGAGAUGCUUUUCAAGCUGGUGGCAAUGGAUCCAUAUUACUACUUCCAAGAGGCCUGGAACUGUUUUGACGGCUUCAUUGUGACUCUGAGUUUAGUGGAGCUGGCUCUGGCUGAUGUCGAGGGUCUGUCUGUGCUACGAUCAUUCCGAUUGCUGAGAGUGUUCAAGUUGGCCAAGUCAUGGCCCACUCUGAACAUGCUGAUCAAGAUCAUUGGUAACUCCGUUGGAGCCUUGGGAAACUUGACUUUGGUGCUUGCCAUCAUCGUCUUCAUCUUUGCUGUGGUGGGCAUGCAGCUGUUUGGAAAAAGCUACAAAGACUGUGUGUGUAAGAUUGCUACUGACUGUGAACUGCCACGCUGGCACAUGAACGACUUCUUCCAUUCCUUUCUUAUCGUCUUCCGGGUGUUGUGUGGUGAGUGGAUUGAGACCAUGUGGGACUGUAUGGAAGUUGCAGGCCAGGCCAUGUGCCUCAUCGUCUUCAUGAUGGUCAUGGUCAUUGGUAACUUGGUGGUGUUAAACCUGUUUCUUGCCUUGCUGCUGAGCUCAUUCAGUGCUGACAACUUGGCAGCAACAGAUGAUGAUGGUGAACUCAACAACCUACAAAUUUCUGUCAUACGAAUCAAGAAAGGCAUUGCCUGGAUAAAAGCAAAGCUGCGGCUGUUGGUGGCCAGUCUGCUGAAGAAACCACCCAUGGAGGAUGAACAGAAGCCAUUGGAAGACAUGUAUGGAAACAAAGUGAACUGCAUCGCUAACCACACUGGGGUGGACAUCAACCGUGAUUUGGACUAUGCCAAGAAUGGUAAUGGCACCACAAGUGGCAUUGGCAGCAGUGUUGGCAAGUAUAUGAUCGAUGAGGACCACAUGUCAUUCAUCCACAACCCGAACCUGACCGUCUGCGUGCCUAUAGCUGUGGGAGAAUCUGACUUUGAGAAUCUCAACACAGAAGACUUCAGCAGCGAGUCGGAUAAUGAGAACAGCAAAGAGCUUGAUGACACCAGUUCAUCAGAGGGUAGCACCAUCGACAUCAAGCCAGAUGUGGAGGAGGUGGUGGUGGUUGAGACGGUGGAGGAGUACAUGGAACCAGAGCCAUGUUGGACAGAUGCAUGUGUGGCCAAGUACAAGUGCUGUGACGUUGAUAUCACUAUGGGCUGGGGUAAAAGCUGGUGGUUCCUGAGAAAGACUUGCUACCUGAUUGUUGAGCACAACUGGUUUGAGACGCUCAUCAUCUUCAUGAUCCUCCUCAGUAGUGGUGCCCUGGCCUUUGAGGAUGUCUACAUUGAGCAGAGGAAGACCAUUCGGAUCAUUUUGGAGUAUGCAGAUAGGGUUUUCACCUACAUCUUCAUCUUGGAGAUGUUGCUGAAGUGGGUCGCAUAUGGUUUUGUCAAGUAUUUCACCAAUGCCUGGUGUUGGCUGGACUUCUUCAUUGUGGAUGUGUCUAUAGUCAGCCUUGUAGCUAAUGCGCUGGGCUACUCCGAUCUAGGGCCCAUUAAAUCAUCAGGACACUAAGGGCCUUGAGACCCCCUCAGAGCCUUGUCACGUUUUGAAGGGAUGAGGGUGGUAGUCAACGCCUUGGUGGGUGCCAUCCCUUCCAUUAUGAAUGUGUUGCUGGUUUGCCUCAUCUUUUGGCUGAUUUUCAGUAUCAUGGGGGUCAACCUGUUUGCGGGCAAGUACUACUACUGUUUCAAUGAGACAUCAGAGGAAUACUUUCCCGUUGACAUAGUCAACAACAAGACCCAGUGCGAGGCCCUCAUUCACCAAAACUUUAGUGAGGUCAGGUGGAAGAACGUCAAGAUCAACUUUGACAAUGUGGGCGCUGGAUACCUGGCUCUUCUGCAAGUGGCCACAUUCAAAGGUUGGAUGGACAUAAUGUAUGCAGCCGUGGAUUCGAGAGGGGUGGAAGACCAGCCUGACUAUGAAGUCAAUAUCUACAUGUACAUCUACUUUGUGGUUUUCAUCAUAUUUGGCUCCUUCUUUACGCUGAACCUCUUCAUUGGUGUGAUCAUUGACAACUUCAACCAGCAAAAGAAAAAGUUUGGAGGUCAGGACAUCUUCAUGACAGAAGAACAGAAGAAAUACUACAAUGCCAUGAAAAAGCUAGGAUCUAAAAAGCCACAAAAACCUAUUCCCCGACCACAGAACAAGGUCCAGGGCAUGGUGUUUGAUUUUGUGACACAGCAGGUGUUUGACAUCUCCAUCAUGAUACUGAUCUGCCUCAACAUGGUUACCAUGAUGGUGGAAACAGACGACCAGUCUGAUGAAACAGAGAUUGUUCUGUACUGGGUCAACUUCAUCUUCAUUGUGGUCUUCACGACAGAGUUCUUGCUCAAACUCUUUGCCCUUCGCCAUUAUUACUUCACCAAUGGCUGGAAUAUAUUUGAUGUGGUGGUGGUCAUCCUGUCUAUUGUUGGUAUGUUCCUGGCUGACCUCAUUGAGAAGUACUUUGUGUCACCGACUCUUUUCAGGGUGAUCAGGUUGGCUCGAAUUGGUCGCAUCCUCCGUUUGAUCAAAGGAGCUAAGGGUAUCCGGACACUACUUUUUGCUCUGAUGAUGUCACUGCCAGCCCUGUUCAACAUUGGGCUCCUGCUUUUCCUGGUCAUGUUUAUCUUCUCCAUUUUUGGUAUGUCUAACUUUGGCUAUGUAAAACAUGGAGCAGGUAUCGAUGACCUGUACAACUUUGAGACCUUUGGCAACAGCAUGAUCAUCCUGUUCAUGAUUACCACGUCAGCUGGAUGGGACGGCUUAUUGCUGCCCAUCCUCAACUACCCACCAGACUGCGAUCCCAACCUGGAGAACCCUGGGACAUCAGUGAAGGGUGACUGUGGUAACCCCUCAGUGGGAAUCUUCUUUUUCGUCAUGUACAUCAUCAUUUCUUUCCUGAUUGUGGUCAACAUGUACAUUGCCAUCAUCUUGGAGAACUUCAGUGUAGCCACAGAGGAAAGUGCUGAUCCACUCAGUGAGGACGACUUUGAAACCUUCUAUGAGAUCUGGGAGAAGUUUGAUCCAACUGCCUCUCAAUUUAUUACUUUUGCCAAGCUGUCUGACUUUGCUGACGCUUUGGAGCAUCCACUUCGUGUGCCAAAGCCCAACACUAUAGAACUAAUCGCCAUGGACAUGCCAAUGGUGAGUGGCGAUCGCAUUCACUGCCUGGACAUCCUGUUUGCUUUCACAAAGCGUGUGCUGGGUGACAGUGGUGAGUUGGACAUGCUGAGGCAGCAGAUGGAGGAGCGUUUUGUGGCAGCCAACCCCUCCAAAGUGUCAUAUGAACCGAUCACCACCACCCUCCGCCGCAAACAGGAAGAGGUCUCUGCCAGAAUUAUCCAGAAUGCUUACCGUGCCCACCUCAUUAGGCGUGGCAUCAUCUUCAAGCGUCACACUUUCACCAACAACAAGCUUGAGAAUGGUGGGACCAACCAAGAGAAGAAGGAGAGCACACCAUCCACAGCCUCUCUUCCCUCUUAUGACAGCGUGACCAAACCUGACAAAGAGAAGCAGGACGACAACAAGGAAGAAUGGGCCAGGAAAGAGAAGGACAAAAACCAAAAAGAUGAGUGGGAAUCCAAGUGUUAGGGUUCACUGACUCUCAAACUCCAAUAAAACACGGCGAGAUGAGACUCUGAGCCCAGAACCCAACAAAUAUAGAAAAAGUGAUCAUUUGCAAGUAAAAAAAUAACAAAAACAUACAAAAAAAAAUGUUUACAGACUCAAACACAACUGAGGCAAAAUGGUUUCUUAUGUCGUCAAAGACAGCUGAACCAAACACAAUCAGUUUACCGUGGAACUUUGCUGCAUAGUGACCAAGUAAUGAUGAACAAACACAAGAACCAGUAACUCACAGUGUGCUGGCCAAUGACACACAUUUCUUUGGGGACCAACUGCCAAGGCACAGAAAUCUCUGCUAAAUGAUUGGAGAAAAAUUGCAAAAUCCCUGCCACCACCUUGUGUGGACCCCCGCAGCAAAACGCCAUUGCUACGGGAAUGGAUCGUACAGAUCCCAAAAGAACUGUAUUAGCAGUCUAAAGAAGGGUCUGUAACACAGUUUACCAUCUUUAUCAAGAAGAAAACAAUAAUCAACCAAGCAAGAUUAGCGAGGGAGGGGAAACCCAGAAGCGUAGACAAAGAUUUUUUUUUAUUUGUUUGUGCUGAGUAUACUUGCAUCUUUACAUUAUUUGAGCAGCAAAAAAGAUAACAUUUAGCCCAUGUCACUAGUCUUUUCAUCUUCUCUUUGUUAUACUGACAUUGAAAAAGACAUUUUCUACAUGGGCUUUCACACUGACCGGGUAGGGGUCAUUAGUCAUUGUUUUGACUUGGGCUGAAGGAGACUUGCUCAGACCGAGUUCCAGAUAAAUAAUAAUUAUUGUGCUCGUUCAAUGCAUAGAAAUGACUUGCAUGAAGGCAUGUUUUGAUCAGGAAUCAUGCAUGAGUAUCAUAGUCCACAAGACACUAAUUUUCAGACCACUGCAGUGGGUUGACUAUAAGUUUGAGGUUGUCCACUGGGGAAAUUAUGAGAACUAUAACAGGAAAAUAAAGAUUAUGGUAAAUGAUAUAUAGAUUAUUGGGGAAAGGUAGUCAUAUGAUCCUGCCCUUCACUAGUUUUCUUUCAAAACUGACAGAUCUUUUAAUCCUGCCCUUCAUCAUAAUUCCAGUUGAAUGAAGGAUGUAAGCACUCAGAGGCCAAGUCCCAGUCUGUCAUUCAUAAGACAAACUAGAAAAGGUUUUUUGCUGCUCUGAAUGUUAAUAGUCUAGAAAGAGUGAGAAGUGUAUGAGUGUUAGGAAAAUGCAUAUCCUCAUGUUGAGGAUGCACAGAUUUGCGGGCCAUUUCAGUCGUCCUGAACCAAAUCUGGGGCUUACAUCUUCUUUGUUUACUUACAUCCAUCAUACAGUCACUUUUCUUACUUACCUGUGGUUCCUGUUACAGCAACGAGAGAAGGUGAUAUUUCACGCCAAGGAAUACAUGUCUGGCACCAGUGAAGGUCUGGUGUUCUCAAGUGUCAUAGGUAUCCCCUCUUCUGCUGUAGUUCCCCAAGAAGGGACACGAGUGCGAUUUUAGCUUUUGGUUUAUGUUGUUUUGUUUUGGCUUAGUGGAAGAAGUGAAAACUGCAUUUAAAUAGGUACAUUAGACAUUACAGUUCCUCUUUUGUACUCUGUCAGAUUAACAUCAGGAUUUCCAAGUGUGUGAUGUCUUAGGUAGUGCUUUUUGGACAAUUUGAGUUGCCAGCUUUAGAAAAAAAAAAGCCUUGGAGUCUUUCUCUGAUGUCCUUGUGAUUCAAUCAUUCUCAGAAAAGGCUUUUUGAUCGCUGAGAGUGACACUGACUACCUGACGCAGCAGUUAGUAGAGGAUUAUCACAAGGAUAUGCCUUGUCGUGCCUAGCAUGUAUGGAAGGUGGAUAGCCAUGAAGGGCUUGUGGUUUUGACUAGAAUAAAUGGAUUUUGGUCUGAUAUUUCAGGGAGGCGGAUGGACGAUAAUACAAUAUAACGCGGACCAAUUCAUAGGUAGAGCCCCUCCCUUCAGGGUUUUAGACUGACUGCCAUAGGAACAAGAAGAGUAGAAGUAGAAGAAGAAGAGCGAGGCUUUGGUCUGAGUCAGAAUGCUGAAAGUCCCAUGUUUGUCAGUGUAUCAUUGUGCUUCUGUGGGACCUCUAAAACACUGUGUGGUGUUGGACCCAGGCUCGCACCAUCUUUUCACAUUCUUGCAGGCUUUCAAAUGCUAUCACCCGCUUCAAAACGAUUAGCCAGAAAUGCAGGUAGAAACGCUAAUACUUGUUGAGAUAAAACAUCAGCAGGCCUCACAUCGAUGCAGCUACGUUGUAUAAUAAGCUUUGUGGGUGUUUUUCAUGAAAAAACCUGAGGCUUGUCAAGUGGUAAAUGAGACACAACUGCCUCCUUAGGUGUUCCUGCCAUUUCUUUUCUACACAGGAGUGAUGGUCCUAUUUAUAAGUGGAUAGCUGGACAUAAAUCUGGCAUCCAUCGUCACACCACUAAUGCCAUUUUGGUGUGUUUAACACUGCCUGUACCAGAACCCCCUGUCUGUAACAAGAACUGAGGUCUGUUUACAAUAUGAGGUCUCCGAAUCAGUUUGGCUGCUGCACACUGAAACCAAAUACAUUCCCAAUGAAAACCACAGGAGUGAGUAACUUCAUCCAAUUUACCCAUGUUCAUCUUGGAUGUAAUGUUUUAGAAUGGUACAUUCACACUUGAAAAAAAUAAAAAUAAAAACAAAAAAAGACAAAAAAGAAAACACAAAAACAUAUAUAUGUACAGUGCAGGCUAUGAUGUAAAUGGCACAAUCGCUGAAAAAGAACGAACUUUUUGAGAGAAACUAUAAAUAUUGUAUUAUAUUCUUUUAUUUUAUUGGCAUGCUUUGUUGUGUUUUUUGUAAAUAUGGAAUUUUAAAAAUGUUACUACUAAUAAUCAAAAAAUGAAUAAUAACAAUAAUAUAGAAUGGCUUCCAGCUAUGCCCUUUGUCACAUUUGUUACCUUUUGGAUUUUUUGAGACACUUUUCACUUUGUUGACGGAAAUUGAAUGAAAUAUAGAUAUUAUAUAAUACAAAAGAUAUAUACAUGUAUACAUAUAUGUCUAUAUGUAUAUACAUAAAACAGAGGAACACUGUUUGUCACAUUUGAUUUAUGUGCAACACGUUCAGUGGAUGUCUAAAACUGGUUGUUUCCAGCACCCUUCUAUGUUGGGGAAUAGCUCAUGUGCGAUGUUACUGGAGCUGCUUGCCAUGGAUUGUAGCCUGAUCAUGAUGAAAGGAUAAUGUUACCAGCACAUUUCUCACUUACUGUCAGAUCUCUCACCUUCACUGAGUAUACAGGACACACCCACACACACAGACACACACACACAAGUGACUCUCCUCACUGCCCACCAACUCUUACCAGUGAUUUCUUCCCGGAGGGCGUCAGCUGGUGUGACUGACUGCCCCCUCCACCCCAUACCCACACAUCAGUGCCAUUACAGCUCAACAUGCAUACAGUCAUGUACUUGCUUGUCAUCCUCACAUCUCUUUCGUUGAAUGGUUUGUUUCUAAUGUUCCACUCAAUGGCAUGUGCCUUUUUUCUGCUUUUUCUGCAAAAUUGGAUGUCGAUGCCACACUGAAAAAAAUAAAAACAAAACAUAUAUAUAUGUAUGUAUGUAAGUAUAUAUAUAUAUAUAUAUAUAUAUAUAUAUAUAUAUAUAUAUAUAUAUAUAUGAAAAAAAAGAAACCAAAAAAAAAACAAACAAAAGAUAUGUUUCCAAACUGUGGAGGGUGGGGGUUUGAGGGUGAGCACAACAUUAAUCAGGGAUGUCGAGUCAGAAAAACUGCCGGAGGAUCAUCCAGACACCCCACUUCAUCUUAAUAUUCAACAGUGUGUGAUGUUAACAGAAAAACAGCUAACUCAAAAAUGUCCUGUUCUUAGUGCUAUGUGUGUCACCCACUUGGCUUGUGAAAAAGCAGCUUGCCUUCUAUAUUUCUGUUUUAUUUCUUCUAUAUUUCUGUUUCCAUCUGAAAUUUAUUUUUGUAUCAAUAUUUGAUUAUAGGACUCAUUCUUUUUUAGCAUGGUUUAUUAUGGGCGUUUUUUCUUUUUGCUGAAAAAUUUAAAAGUGCUUUUCAAACUGUUGUUAUCAUUUGACACCGUGAUAAAAAGAGGAUAUACAGUACAAUACGAUGGUGUGUUGCACAACCACUUGGACUUGGUAAGAAUAUAUGAAAGAUUGUCUUCAUUUGAGCACGAACCUUUUUAUUACCAAUAAAGCAGCCUUCCAGUUA